AUGGAUGGAAAUUUUCAACAAAACAGAUAUAGAUCUAGACAGAUUGAUAUUGUUGAUAAUGGCAAUCCAAACAUCUUUCUUACUUCUGAGGCUGAGAAAGCAAAGUUUGGUGACAAAGCAGAUGUCGACAAAUAUGAUCGAGCAGAGGCUGCUGCGACCGAGGAUUGCCUUCUGGAAAAUUUAGAUAGCGAGUUUCAAGCUCUCAGUAAUAACCGCAGAACUACCAGCAACCGCUUUGAUGAAAAUGGUGUCUUCAGUAUAAAUUGUGCUCGUCAUGGAAUUGUUGAAAGACUAUUUGAUAUUUUUGAGGGAGAAGGGAGAAAGUAUGCUUUGGCUGGUGUAGAACAUGUCAUUAAAAACUUGGAAGAAGAUCAGAAGCUUCUGAUUAUGUAUGAUGUAGCAUGCGCAUGUAGAGAAACUUUCAACAAAGCUUUCCCAGAGCUUCAAAGCGAGCGUGAUGUGUGGUAUGCGAUGAGUAUUUUUCAUGCGUACGCACUUAGUGCUGCUUGCCAAGCCAAAAACAACCCCAGGUAUGUGGAUCAUGCACUAGGGUUAACAGAUGGAGAAGGAGCAGAGAGAUUUUGGUCGUUUGCCAACCAUUUCGUCGCGCAAAUCAGGUCGAUGACCAAAGCUAGCCGUAGGGCCAUGAUUAUUGAAUUGGCUGAGGCAUAUUGCGAUGAGAAGAUGAUAGAAUUGCCAAAUUUGUUCGUGAAAAACUACGACAAAGCAAUGGACACUAUCAGACAACUCAACAUGACCAAGAGUGCCUACAGCAGUUUCAAAGUACAGUGGAAUAGCCACAGAACUGCGCUCGCUGUGCCCUUUUCCAACGUGAGGAACCUUCAAAGGCUACAUGAAAGGGCUGAAGGAAACAUCUUGCUUAUGAACGAUAUUAAGCAUGAGUAUGCAGUGACAGCUGGUCAACUCAUUUUCCUCAACUCAAGAGAUUCGCCUAUUACAAGUGGCUAUAUAACUGGCUUGAAGCGUCAACUGGAAGCAAAACUCAAUGAACUCGAGCGACUAUUUCCUCAGUUAAUUGUCCAUGGAGGAAGGCCGACAACCUUUGGUCACAUUACAAUGCAGCAAUACUUUGAUGCAAUCAAAGAUGAAUGCCACAACAUAUUAGUUAAAGUCUUAAGACAACUAAUCUUUUCCAUUUUCAUGAACGAUAAUGAGCUUCGUAGGCCCAAUUCGACUGGAACUGAUAAAGCUGCUAGGCUGCUAGUAUCCAUUGCCUCCUCUACAAAGAAGGCUGGACUAGUAGUAGAUAGCAUUAACAAUUUUGUCGAUAGAAACUUUGGAGUAAAAAAAGUGCCCAGUGUCGCAAUUGAGCUGCAAAGGCUCAGAAACAAUGAAGAUGCUGAUUUCUUGAGGCUGUCUCAAGGAAUGAAAGACUGGCAUACCCUUAGAAAGUGUGUCGAGGAAACAUCAAUUCUUGUUGAAGAGGCACAGAGAUACGAGCAGAACUUACUCGCUCGUAUUGAUGGCAUCUAUGAAGCUGCUCGCCAGAACCACUUGAUCAAGAUAGAUUAUCUCAAGUGGGUAUGGCUGUAUAAAAAAAACAAACGCCACUUGAUGGAAAUCUUGAAAAAGAAUCCACCAAGGUACAACCCCGAGGCAGGAGAUGAUGAUUUGGUAGUCGUUUGCUUUGCUGACAGAAGUGAUGUCAACCUGUUCUCGCCAAGACCACUUGCUGAUGACAGCGCAGAUGAAGAAGGCAUUGUUAGCAGUGAUAAUGGUAGAGACGAUGAAGUCGAUGAUGAUGAUGAAGAGAGCGAUGGUGGCGAUGAUAAUCGUGGUUAUGGUGAUAGUCAAACAAGUAUGGCUGACAGCAUAGCGUCUACACUAGCCUCAGUUAUGCUCGAGCAGUCUAUUUAG